GUCUGGGUGCUUUAAGACUGUGAUAGUAAUUUACCAGAUCUUUCCUUGAACUUAGCCUGAAACUACGAAAAAGCUUAUCAGCCAACGGCAAAACGAAGUGGCGCCAAACGGUAACCAUAAAACUACAAAGAAAUUAAAAAUAGAAAAUCUUCGGAAAAUUACCUUAAAAGAUUUUUUUUAAAAUGAAAUUCAAUCUCUUACUUAACGCUAAGCUCAUGUCAUUCGCUUGGCCUGUUUGAAAAAAUAAUGGCUUCUUUGGUUCUCUCUUCUUUCUGUUUCCCUUCUCAAAAGUCUUGUUCUUUUACGUCUUCUUCUCUCCGAUUCAGAAUCAGAGCUCCGACUGAUUCUAGGUUCGGUGGUCCUUUAUUUGUCGGAUUCGGAUCGGUCAAGAAGAGAAAUGGAAGAAUCGAGGCGUCGGUUGACUCCACAGCUCAUCCGCUUGUGUUUCGUGACCUCGACGCCGACGAUUUCCGGCACCCGCUCGAUAAACAGAAUACGUUGCUAUUGAGAGCGAUUCCAGGCCUUAACGAAAUAGGAAGAGCUAUACUAGGAACCGUGACUGAGCAAAUCAUGCUUCUUGAGAAUAUAGGAACCUCAAUCCUUGUUUCCAAAGAUCAGCUUCCGGAACUUCAUAAAAUGAUGAUUGAGGCUGCGGGAAUAUUGAAUAUUGAACCUCCUGAUCUCUAUGUUCGACAAAGUCCUGUUCCGAAUGCUUAUACAUUGGCUAUAAGUGGUAAAAAACCAUUUGUUAUUAUCCAUACUAGUCUUGUGGAGCUUCUGACACGAAAAGAAUUACAGGCUGUUUUGGCUCAUGAGUUAGGUCAUCUCAAAUGCGAUCAUGGUGUAUGGCUUACUUUUGCAAAUCUUCUCACUCUUGGAUCCUAUCGUUUACCUGGACUUGGUGGCUUUAUAGCUCAGAGGUUAGAGGAACAGUUAAUCCGCUGGCUUAGGGCAGCAGAGCUAACUUGUGAUCGUGCAGCCCUUCUUGUUGCUCAAGAUCCCAAGGUUGCCAUCUCUGUUUUGAUGAAAUUGACUGGUGGCUGCCCGUCAAUGGCUGAUCAGCUAAAUGUUGAUGCAUUUUUGGAGCAAGCUCACUCUUAUGAAAAGGCUUCUUCAAGCCCAAUCGGGUGGUAUAUAAGAAAUGCCCAAACACGGCAACUUUCACAUCCACUACCUGUUCUACGAGCUCGUGAGAUUGACGAGUGGUCAAGAAGUCGUGAAUACAGAAGUCUUCUUGAACGUGCAACACAGAUGAGCAUGUAGAAGAGGUUUAGCACUGCUCUGAACCUGGAGAAAGUCAUAGUUUAAAACAGCUUUAAUAGAUAUCGCCUUUGCCUUACGAUAUAUUGCCAGGCAGUGGAGAGCACAGAAAUGGAGGCAACAUUUGUAAAAAGCAUCUAUAGCUAACAUUUGUCCGUAAAGAUGAUAGUUUAAAUUGUGGGAAGAACAUAUUUGGAUUUUCUGAAACCACGAUAGAGAAAAUUCUCGGAAGUUACAGAAACAUAGGUUUGAUACUCAUAGGAACAGAACACUGUAUCCUGCUGUUCAACACGAUAAAAUCGGAUAUAGUAAUCUCUUAAUCCUGUAGUAAAAUACAAUGCUUGCUUAAUUAAUAUGUUUCAAUGGUAGUGUGCUCCGAAA